UAUGAGUGCCUUGAUAAGAAUACCUGGAAAAGUUACAAGUGCGAAAUUAUUGUAAAUGCCGUAUUGCCUAAAGACAUCGAAGUUCCAUCGACUAUCAUGCCACGGUUUGAAACUUAUGUACCAGUGAACUAUGGGGUUGGAAAAUAUAGAAAGCAAACAUGUGUCGCAGUUAUCUCAAUAAUAACAAUAAUGUUGGUGUUUUGUUUCUUUGCUUUAACAUUAAAAUGCCACUGCUCAGAAAUACCUAAAAUGCCUGACAAAAAGGACGACAAUAUUGAAGAUAGAAGUGGAACUGUUGUAGCCGAUAAAUUUGAAAGAGAAAUUGACAUGAAAGAAAGGAGCAAUAUCAGGAAGCUUGAAAAGAAUGAAGUAAAACUUUCGUCGUUUGUUCAAGAAUUUGAAAAGGAAACACUUACAUACUGGGCUUGUAAACUUGAAAAGUUUGUUAAAACAAGAGCGGCAGAUGUUAUAUAUGAUAACACAAAAACCCAAAACGUUAUUCUUAUAGUAGGUCCGACUGGGAUAGGUAAAUCGAAUAAUGCUUAUUAUGCAGCUUUCAGACUAAAAGAGGAAGUUGGCUACACAAUUCUACCAGUCAGGAAACUCGGUGACAUUACAACCUAUCAUAUACCAGGCACAAAACAAAUUUUCAUCAUCGAUGAUUUUAUCGGAAAGUAUGCAGUUGAUAAAACAGAUGCAGAAUUAUGGGUACAAAAUGGACCUUUAUUGAAAAUGUUGUUCAGCAAAAAGGAUCAUCAAACAAAAAUCAUUCUUACAAGUAGAACAUAUAUUUGGCAACCAGAAUGGUAUAAAUGCUUAAACAUUCCAUAUUGCACGAGUGAUUUGUUAUCGGAAGACCUAAAGCUAUUAAACAAAGAGAGAUGGGAUAUCUGCAAAUCUUAUAUUUGCAUCGACGUUGCAAGGACUUUGAAAAAGGAAGGAAUAAUGAUGUAUAGUAGUUUUCCAUCGGUAUGCGCAAUGUAUUCAUCGUCAAAAGAAAUAUAUUUAAAACAUUGUUUAAAAGUUCUUUAUUUGAUUAUUGAAGACGAGUUGAAUAAUUUCAAGAUCAAAUCCCAAGAAACUUUUCUUGCAUUGGCUAUUCUUGCAAUCAUACAAAUCAUUCCAAAGAAAUCGACCACAAACGAAAUUCAUGAAUAUGACGAAUUAAUGCAGGAUUUGUUGCUUGAAUUCAGUUUUGUUCAAAAUCAAUCGAAAAAUCGUCUGCAAUCUACUUUGACAGCUUUAAAAGGGGAUUAUGUGAAAGAACUGCGUGGUUGUUUCGUGUUUAUUGAUGAAAUUAUGCAAAAGAUUGUUCUUUGUUGUAUUGCAAAAACAUUCAGGAAAACAACCGUUAAGUAUUGUAAAACUGACGUGAUAUUAAAUCAGAUGCGGGUGUAUUGUAUAAAUGAAGAACAAGAUGUCUUCGAUAUAAAAGUAACAAGAGAAAACACAAAUGCAUAUUUCCGACGACUUGUUAUUGAAUUGAAUAACGGACUGUAUAAAGAUGUUUUCGAAAGUGCACAAAACGUAUUACCCAAAUUCAGGGUAAAGUUUCUCGAAUAUAUUAAACAAAAUAUAACAGUUAAUGAAUUGACAAAAUCACAAGAAGGAACGACAGCCCUUCAUGUUGUGUCUGCUCUGGGAUAUCAUGAGUAUGUUUCGUUUUUCAAACAUUAUACACGGAUAAUUAAUGAAAAGGACGCCGCUGGCAAUAUACCUUUGCAUUUAGCGUGCAAGAAUGGUCAUCUAAAAAUAGUAAAGGACCUCAUUGAAAACAAAUCUUCUGUUGAUAUUUCAAACAACGACGAAUUAAAGCCAUUUUUUCAUGCUUGUGAAAAUGGUUUUGUUGAUGUUGCAAAUUAUAUGUUGCAUAACUCGGCUAAGUGGAUAAAGGUAAAUGAAAAAUAUAGAACAAAGAAUAAUAGAUGUGUUCUACACGUGGUAUGUGCAAGUGGACAUUCACAUCUUGCAGCGUUACUGCUUAAAAAUAAGGCAGGAGUAAAUGUUGAGGAUGCGGAUGGAUGUACACCGUUACAUUUAGCAUGUUACAAAGGAAGUUCUGAAAUAGUUUCAGCUCUUCUUGGUUGUGAUGCAUAUGUCAAUGCGGUAGAUUCAUCUGGUAAAACCUCUGUAUAUAUUGCAUGUAGUGAAAAUCAUCAUAGAGUUCUACAACUUUUGCUAGAGAGAAAAGCCAAAGUAAAUCAGAAAACUGAUAGUGGAAUGACACCUCUUCGUGUUUGUUGUAAAAAGGAAAAUAGUGCUAUGGUAAAAAUGCUUUUACAGAAUGGAGCUAGGGUUAACAAUAAGAAACCAAGCGUUGUACCUUUACACGAGGCAUGCAAAGCGGGCAAUGAUAGUAUAAUAGAAAUCUUAAUUCACGCAAAAGCGUCAGUUAAUCACAGAACGAAAGAAGGUGAAACACCUCUCCACGAAGCUUGCAAGAAUGGGCAUUAUAAUGUGGUCAAAAUCUUAUUGGAUAAUAAAGCCGUUGUGGACGAAAAAGACAACCAUGGAUGGACGGCUCUUUUUUUUAGUUCUAUGUACGGUUUUCAUAAAAUUGUUGAUGUGCUUCUACAAAAAGGCGCAAAUCCUAAUAUAUCUGAUAAACAUACAAUAAACCCACUAAUACUUGCUCGCGAAGGGAAGCAUACAAAAGUGAUCGAUUUAUUGUUGCAGUCAAGGACAAAUGUUAAAAAGUGAGACAAAAAUAACUGAUCAUCACUUGCAUUUACUUGUAAUACCGUGAAUAUAGAUUUAGUCAAUAUAUUAUCAAAAUAUUUGUUUUAUUUUAGUAAUAAGAAUAUAGUCAUGAUAGUUAAUAAGGCAUAUGGAAACGCACAAGACAAAAAUGGACAUACGCCUCUAUUUAAAUCAAGUAUAAACGGAUUCAUCGACAUUGUAUAUAACCUACUCAACCACGGAGCAACUAUCAACACUAGUUUUACAGAUGGUUUAUCCCCCAAAGCAGUUGCUAGAAAAGGGGCAUUAAAACAUACUUAAGGUAUUCAUAAAAUACAGAACGAGCCUUUAUACCUUUUCAUUAUGUUUUAAAAAAUAAGAAAUAACAAGAAUUGAAGAAAGUACGUAAGUAUUUCAUUUGGGGUUAUGUGUAUGUCGACCUAUUUCCUAAAUGUGACGGAUUCAUCACAACCUCUUCACAUUUCGAAUCGUCUUUUAUCAAUGUACUUUCUCGUAGAAAAUCAAGGACAUCUGCCACAAAUACGUCUAUAAUAUAAAAUAAAUGCCUCAAACAUUUUCCUCAAAAAAUUUCUUCAUUUCUUAUUAGAAAUAUAGCAUUUCAUCGAAAAAAUUAUAAAACCUUAACAUCAUUGAUGUAAAGGAUUAAUUAUCAAAUGAUUUUGGCAAUCCUGCUGCUGAUAAUGAAAAA